AUGAUAUUAUGGAAAGAGAGGUCUUCAGAAAAUCGAGUUGUACUCAUAAAGUUUCAAGCUAUUAACAUCGGCUCGUCGUCGGACGAAAUGACGAUGGGAAUUGUCCUACUAGAGCGUUUAGUGGGUGGAGAGGGGGCAACCGUCCAUGGCAUGGUGAAACUAAGUGUUACGAACGAGUUAAAAGGAGCCUAUCUUCUGUGUCUGAUGAGCGGAUACUGGAUCACCGGCUUUAUUCCGCUUUACGUGACAUCACUUCUUCCAAUUCUCUUUGCUCCGCUCUUGGGACUCGUCACAAGCGCUUCUAUCGCUCGGGAAUACAUGUCGAGUUCAAAUCUUCUCUUCCUGAGUUGCAUGAUGCUGGCCGUGGUCGCCGAGAACACAAAUCUUCAUCGCCGAAUUGCGAUGGCCUUUGUACGAAGAAUGGGAAGCGAUCCUCGUCUACUCAUCCUCAGUGUGAUGCUGCCAACCUGGUUUCUAUCAAUGUGGAUGAACAAUACCUCAACCACGGUCAUGAUGGUGACUAUCACAGAGGCACUGCUGACGAAACUGGAUGAAGUCUGCAAAGGUCUUUCGACAGGCAGUCAUGCCAAAACAACAUCGGAUGAAGCUCCCGCUAAAAAGAAACAGCGUGAGGAGAUUAACAGAUUUGCAAUGGGUAUAAGCCUGUCCAUCGCCUACGCUGCAUCUUGUGGUGGAAUAGCUACAAUCACAGGCACGGCAACCAACACAAUAUUUUAUGGACUGGUUUCCAGCCGAUACGGUGAUAGCACUCCGCUAAAUUUCGGAUCAUGGAUGGCGGUCGCCUUUCCAAUCUCCCUUCUCUGCCUCUUUGCCGUGUGGAUUGUGAUUUGUCUGGUCUAUCUCGGCCCAAGGUAA